AAGCAAAAAAGUUUCUUUAUUUAUUUGAUAAUUAUUCGUUACGCGGUAAUUAACGCGAUGCAAGUGCAGCAGGAACGUGGUAAUGAACGUUUUUGCCACUGAGCUGCGCGCGUCGGCCGUCCAGAAAGUGCAGAAAUCGCGCGAAGUGUGCGAAAUCCGUCCAAGAGCAGAAAAGUGCCAAGAAUAGCUGCAAUGGAAACAGCGAUGGAUGUGGUGUGUGUAAUGGAUACGGCGGUGGGCGACCAUCUGGAUGACCGCCAAUGUGCGCUGGAGGAGAUAAAGCAGGCGGUGCAGUCGGCGGGCGCCAACUUUCAGCGGGUUCAGUUCGAGCGCCUGGACUUCGGUGAGACGAAUGUGCUGGAGACGUUCUACAACGCCGAUGUGGCCAUCAUUGACCUGAGCAUCCUCACCCAGCAGCGACCGCUCUCCUAUCACUACGGCGUGAGGGAGAGCUUCGGGAUGAAGGAGAACAUCCUCACCUACAACGACAUCGAUUCGAAGCAGACGCUCAGUCUCAAGGUGCUUUCGGAAGUGUUUACCUGGCCAGGCGUGCCUGACUAAGCAUCUGCGGGCGUGAUCGGGAAUCCGCUUCCGAUAAGAUAAAUGCUACGACCAGCAACAGCGUGGACUCCUGGACUAGUUGCUCUUGCUGAUCUUUUU